AUGGAACAAAUCGCAGCCGCCGACAUCGACAAGGUGUUCGCCCACACCACAAACCUAGCCUCUUGCAACCUAAACAGCAAGAUCCUAGCCUGCUCAAACGACUACUUCGCCUCAGCCGACAACCUCCUAACCCCAACCCCCGCCAUCUCCCGACCCGGCGUCUUCAUCCACACCGGCGCCUGGUACGACGGCUGGGAAACCCGCCGCCACAACCCCGAACCCUACGACUGGGCCGUGAUCAAGCUCGGCGUCGCCGCAGCCUCCAUCCACGGCGUCGAAGUCGACACCGCCCACUUCAUCGGCAACUACGGCGAGAAAGCCGAGCUGCAAGCUGUCUACGCGCCGGCCGGCAGCGAAAUCACAGACGAGCAGAUCGCAGACCCGAGCUUCACUGGCUGGAAGACGCUGCUGCCUGCCUCACCGUGCGGUCCCUCCCAGCGCCAUGGCUGGAAGCUCCCCGCUGAGGUCAGCAAGACUCCUUACACCCACUUCCGGCUCUUGAUGUAUCCCGACGGUGGAUUUGCCCGUCUCCGUCUUUACGGUCAUGCUAUUCCUCCUUCCGCUGUGAAGGUCCAGGCUGCUGAGGCGGCUGUCGAGGAGCUCUCGUCCGCGCUUAAUGGUGGUGUGGCUCUUGCUGCUUCGGAUGAGCACUUCACCCCGUCUUCGAAUAUCUUGCUUCCUGGUCGCGGAAAGGAUAUGGGUGAUGGGUGGGAGACUGCGCGCUCGCGUGGUGCGGGUCAUGUUGACUGGGCUAUUGUUAAGCUGGGUCUGCCUGGCUCGGUGUCUAAGGUUGUUGUUGAUACUAAGGAUUUCCGUGGAAAUUUCCCGCGCGAGGUGCGUGUGCAUGGUCUUGUUGCCGGCACGGCUGGUGAGGGUGUGCCGGCGGCUGAUGAUGCCAAUUGGGUGGAGAUUGUCAAGGGUGACAAGCGCUGCCAGGCUGACACUGAGCAUGUAUUUGGGCCUGAGGAUCUCGCUGCUGGCGGUGAGGAUACUCGGGUCUUCACUCAUGUGAAGCUGACGCUUGUCCCUGACGGUGGUGUCAAGCGGUUCCGCAUCUUUGGUCGUCGGGCUUAG